AUGAAGAAGGCAUUUAGAUCGCAAAAAGUCCAUGGCGAUUAUAAGAGCUUGGAUGUUGCAAUUGUUAAGGCAACACACGCUGACAAUUCAUUGCCAAAGGAAAAACACAUUCGAUAUAUUUUCCAGUCACUUUCUCCGUCGAAGCCUCGCAGCGAGGUUGUUUAUUGUAUACAUACUCUCGCGAGGCGACUUAACCAGACGAACAAUUGGUCUAUUGUUUUGAAAACGCUUAUUAUCAUUCAUCGCGCGAUGAGGGAGCUUGAUAAUACAGUUUGGGAAGAGCUUGUUAACUAUAGUACCGGACAAGGCCAUUUGAUUGAUUUAUCACGCUUUCAUGAUACCUCAAUGCCAAAUGCCUUGGAUUAUUCGGCUUGGAUACGGAAUUAUAGUCUUUACCUCGGAGAGCGGCUGCAAUGUUUUCUUAUUCUCAACCAUGAUGUCGCGACGUAUAGCUCAAAAUCUUCGGGGAAACUUGACACGAAGGAAUUGAUGGAGCAAUUGCCAGCCUUACAAAGUCUUCUCUUUCGGUUACUUGAUUCCAAGCCAGCUGGUGCAUCUGCUUUUAAUCGCUUGAUUCAGUAUGCUCUUUCGAUGGUUGCUGGUGAAAGCGUUAAAAUAUAUGUUGCAAUAACUGUUAGAGUGGUGGAAUUACUUGACAAGUUUUUUGAGAUGAACCGCGAUGAUGCGGUUAGUGCACUGAAGAUUUAUAGAAAAUCAGGAAGUCAGGCAGAGAGGUUAUCUGAGUUCUUUGUGACCUGCAGGGGCCUAGAUUUUGGAAGAGGACAGAAAUUCGUUAAUAUUAAACAGCCUCCUGCAUCAUUUGUAGCUACGAUGGAAGAAUACAUCAAAGAGGCUCCGAAUACCUUGAUGCUCGAGUACGAUGUGAAUGGCAAAGAGGAAGAGGAAGGAGGUACAGGUAAUAAUGUAGGCAAUUUGAUGAGUCUAGACGAGUCAGAUCCGUCUCCGGAAGGGAAUGAGGCUGCUGCACCAACACCAGCAGCUGAUCUUAUGGGUUUGUAUGACUUACUAACAGGUGCAUCUGAAUAUGACGAAAAUCCCCUCGCAUUGGCGAUUGUUCCAACUGAAAAUUCUAUAAGUUCCAGCAAUGACGAGUGCGAAGCCAGUCCUGUAACGGGUUGGGAGGUUGCACUCUUUUCGGAGCAAGAAGAAAGCUGUGACCAAAAUAUAGUUGCAGAGAAUAUAGAGGGUGAAGAACCGGGUGUGUUAAAGCUCGAUGGUUUAUAUGAUGAACCUGUUGCUGCGGCGCAACAUGAUGGAGUUUACGAGAUAGGCCAAGUGAGUUCGAACCCUUUUGAUUUUCAGGCUAUUCAUGAUCCUGCCCAAUACAACAUGGCGUUGGAACCUCCAAAUGGUUUCUAUGUUGAUCACAACAUUCCAGGCCAAUUUGUAAGCAUGCAACCCUACCAAGUUUCUUAUAAUACACCUCAACAGCAGCAACAGGAGGGGGAACCAUACCAAAUGAUUAAAAAAUCUACAAAUCCGUUCGAUGAACCUAAUUUUUUGCCACCACCUUCUACCUCGAGCGUGCAUCAACAUCCAACCGAGACUACUUAA